CACAUCCGCGGACCACCACACAAAUAGAAACGCGGACUUCCAAGGACCUGCUCACGAACAGGCUCUUCGUGAUUGUGGGUUUUGGAAGGCAGGGUACGGUGCUAAAACAAAGACACAGUAUCAUCAUACACAAGACGCUGUGAAUCAUACGCCCAUUAUGGAACUCCACGUGGCUCUCUGUUUACUCUGCUUUUCGACCGGGCUCGUUGUAGCCAGGCCGGCCCUAUCCAAGAACUCCUUGAAAGCGAGCAGGCCUAUGGAAAGUCCGAGGCGUUUCGAAGGAGACAUAGUACUGCCCGGGAAUGUCACAGAUAGAAACGCCAUUACAAGAGACGUACACAAGUGGCCCGGUGGAAGGAUACCCUUCGUCAUAGAGUCAAGUCUAGGGAGACACAUAGCCAGCAUCAGAAGGGCGAUGAACGAGAUCCAUAGCAGGACCUGCAUCCGUUUUGUGCGACGCACACACGAAGUGGAUUACAUUAGUCUCUUCUACGGAGAUGGCUGCUACUCCAGUGUUGGCCUCGACAGAGAUCCCGGGCCCCAGGCUGUUUCUAUUGGCGACGGCUGCAUCUUCCAUGGCACAAUCGUCCAUGAACUGCUGCACUCAGUCGGAUUCUACCAUGAGCAUUCCCGCUCGGACAGGGAUGAGUACAUCGACAUAUUUCUAGACAACGUCGAUGACCAAAACACCGACCAGUUCAAAAAGCUGCGGCCACACCAAAACAGAUUGCUGUCGCCUUUCGACUACGAUUCCGUCAUGCUGUAUGGUUCGAACGCCUUCGCGAGGAGCAAACGUGUUUUUACCAUGCUGAAGAAAACCGGGGGACGUCUCACAGAGGUCUUCGACAAGCCUGGCCUCAGCGAACAGGAUGUCUUUAGGAUUAAUCAACUGUACAACUGUCCAGAAUAGCCUGGCGUUUAGAGACCCUGUUGACAUUUUAAAAAGUUUACCUGUCUCUCUCUGCCUUUUUCUUCUACGUGUAGGGCUUGACAAAAGAGGGUCGUUGUGUGAACCGACCGGGUCUUCUGUUGCCAGUUGUGGUAAUACAUUACGGCAUCAGUUGAUAACCAAUAAAUUAUUCGUUAUUCGUUGUGCA